CGGGCCACAACUUUCUCUCCCUCGGCCGUCGUACUCGCAAUCGCGCUGCAAUCAACGGAAACCAUGGCCGACACAGCCCAGAGUCCCCCGGGAUUGACACAGGACACCCCUGCCACUGCACCAGGCCUCUUCAUCCCUCCCAGCAUAGAUCGCUACCGACUACUCUCCGGGGAGUCCUAUGCUCACUACUCCCCGUGUCCCCCCGCCAUCGCAACCUCUCGAGUCGAUGAUCCAACUACAAGUUCUCCACAGAAUCACCUUGUCUUAGGGGUGGAUGAGGCCGGUCGCGGCCCGGUUUUGGGCCCCAUGGUCUACAGCGCAUUCUACUUGCCACUUGAUUUACACCAUACCCUUCUGUCUCGAGACUAUGGUUUCAAUGACAGCAAGGUUCUUACACCCGGUCUGCGCUCCAAUCUAAUGAAGCUGCUGUGCUCCCCCGGAAACCCACUCUAUGAAUCCUGUGGGUGGGCGGUGAAGCUGCUAUCGGCCCGUGAUAUUUCCUCCGGUAUGAUGCGGCCGGGGACAGGCGCUUAUAACCUAAAUGCACAGGCCAUGGACGCUACGAUUGAACUCAUCCGUGGGGUCGUCGAGAAUCGAAACAUGGACGUUCGAGAGGUCUAUAUCGACACGAUCGGAAACCCAGCAACCUAUCAACAAAAACUCGAGAAGAUAUUCCCUUCCCUGAGGAUCACAGUGGCGAAAAAGGCCGACUCGUUGUAUCCGUGCGUGAGCGCUGCAAGCGUUGCAGCCAAAGUGACUAGGGAUGUUGCAUUGGAACUUUGUCAUCAAGCAGUAUACGAGAACCCCCGUGCGGAGGAUUCAUCGCAGGUGCCUGCGCCGCAAAGUUGGGGAAGCGGCUAUCCCUCCGAUUCGAAAUGUAUCAAUUGGCUACGGAAAAAUAUGGAUCCUAUCUUCGGAUGGGGCAACGAAUGCCGGUUCAGUUGGGGCACUGCGAAAGAAAUGCUUGAGUUAAAGGGAGACUCAAAGGUUGAUUGGCCAGGAGAUGAAGAAAAUUCGCAGCUCAUGGACUUCCUAUUGACCUCCACCGGAGCUGCCACGAAAGCUGAGCACGAGCUGCAGGAAUGGUACGGGUCAAAAUGCGCCGAGAUUCUCCUAUAGUGAGAUAUCCCGUAUCAGGUCUAAGGUUAGUCAGGUGACGAAAAUUAUGAUCAAAUGUGAUACCCAGUUUUCAUUCGCUUUGUGAAUGCCUCCAGCCCGACGAAGAGAAGCCAGUACCUGAUUAAAAAGCCUAUUCAUAACAGAAGUAAAUUGACACUGCUGGUAAGAUUAGAAGGAUAAAACGAAAAUGAUAGUUCAUCGGGUAUCUAGAUUAAAUACA